AUGCCUUCACGAUUAAGCUCACCGGUUCUAUCGGUGGACGCAGCCAAGAUUCAUGAGGUGGAUACACGGAAUGCGGAGUCGCUACAUGGAAUGUGGAUGGUUUUCUCGAAAUGUGCAGAUUACAUGGAGGAAGGACGACGGCUAGAAAACCUGAGUUGGAGAUUAUGGACGAGAGAAACGUUCUGUGUUGAGCCGCCCCUUGCAGCAAUUACACCUCUAGAGGUCCGGCGAUUACGAUGUGAGUCUAGGGAGAUUCCGGAGCUGUCUUCGAGCGUGGAAUCUGCCGCUUCAGAUGAGGCGGAUCGAAUUGAGAGCCACAUCAACGCACCCCGGGCGCUGGACGUCAAGCCAGCCAUCCUCGAAGAGGAACCAGCAUUGAGUAUAAGCAGAGGGAAGGAAAAGCACAUCACAUCGUUAGGAUUAGAAAGAAUGGUUUACAAUAUAAAGGAGAAGAAAUAUUUGGAACCAUUGUCAUUGCCUACUCUUCCAACUCAGCCCUCAACGUCAAUUACAACUACCACUACCGCCACGGUUGACAUUACACCCCGUGCCUCCUCACCCACUCCCACCCCUGAUCUAUUAGAAUCACAUCAAGUCCGCCCUCAUCAAUCGUCAGAUUCAUGUUCUACAGCUGCCCUCGAAGCCUUAGAAAGUGAUCAUGCUCCUCAAGCAGACUCUGACACCAGUGUCUCGUCCUCAGGACUCUUAGAGUCAUCCAGCGUUGUCCGUGGAUUUUCCCCUUCACAAAUUUCCUCAUCAUACCGAUCACACCCACAAAUAUCAACAAGUUCCUCUCCUUCAAAGACAGCUGUGACACAAAAGGGCUCACCGCUCAAGAAGAAGGGUGGGAUGUUUACCCUGGGUGGCUCAUCAGGUGACGACGAGAGCUCGUUUGAGGAUCGCAUGACGACGAAACCCCAACAACCACUCCAACAACAGCAACAGCAACAGCAGCAACAGCAGCAACAACAACAGCAGCAACAGCAACAACGCAGCUCGCUAUCAGAUGGUCUACAUCAAGUUGCUGACACCAUGCAAAAGAUGGCCGUAUUGAAAAAUUCGAUGAGUUCUAGAUCACCCAUCCGACCAAUUACUGAAGCCUCGGAGGACGAGGACGCGAUCGAGACCGAUGACGAUGAGGAGAUUUCAGAGAGCGCCAUCGAGGAUGACGAUGAUUCUUCAGAAUGGGAAGACUCGAUUCCCGAAAGUGGUCGAUCGAGCGUUGAUGAAAAGGAAUUAUUCCAGCGCGUCGACUCGCGACCGAACCUCGUCUCGCGCCCCUCGCUGCUAACAAUGAUGAUCCACCAACCGCAACGGAUGAAUGAAGCUCCCACAGGCUCCCGAUCGACACCAGCCCUCCAACAAUCGCGCCUCUCCUCUCCCACGCGAAAUUCCGCCGCCGCUUCCCCAGACAGUGACGAGAACACCCUCACCAUGAAAGGCCCCGACGUCCCCCGCUCAAAACCCAUAAUCGUCAAGUCAAUGCCCGCCUACCAACACCAAACAGCCCACUCGCCCCGAACAACCCGAAGAAACAUGCUCGCCACCGAGUUGACGGAGUCACUACGACGACAUCUACUCUGGGAGCGGCAACAGAAGUCCACCACGGUCACCGCGGGCUUCAAGCGACGGCAUACAGCACACGACAUGGCGAAUCUGCAGGAGUAUCCAAGCACGACAAAUAUGAAACUGAAUGGCCUGAAGCAGACACAAACACAGUCGCAAAAUAUCGCCGCUGCGCCUAACUCAGCCGCACGGGAUAAGGAGACCUCCAAGAAUAAUUCGUGGAAUCACUAUUUCGAUUACGGCCCAUGGGAAUAUCACGUCAAGGGCUGGUGAUUGUUUUAAUUUUUAAUUGUCUAUUAUUUAUUUUGUUGUCUUUAACGGAUGUUUUUUUUUUUCAAAGUUGUCAUUAACUGCAUGCAUAAUUCUGGCCUGGGAAGGAUCUAUGUUUUUGCUUUUUCUUUUUCAUGUUUCCCAUCGCUCAUCCAUUCAUCCAACGUCCUUAUUUUACCUCAAGCAUCUUGCUGUCUUCCUCCCAGCAUCAUAUAUAGUAUUGUUAUCAGACCAGCGACCUUUUAGAUACCCCCACCCCCAAGGAUCCUUUCUUUUUUUUCCCCUCAGCCGGAGCAAGAACAGUCGCAAGAUCAACGGUGGUCAUAGCCCUAUUUGUCUUUUUGUGUGUAUUGUGUGUUUUUACUUCUUGCGCUUUCCCGCUUUUGUUCUCAUGUCUCGCUUUCAUGUAUGUAUCUUAUCUUGCCAGUUGCAUAUUAAAUAUACCAUUACCAUUACCACCAUACAUGCUUUAACUUUGCU